AUGGCCCAAGUAUACUUCCUCGCCUGGUCUGUAUCUGGCGAGCUCCUGCUCUUCACAGCCAUGGCUUAUGACAGGUAUGUGGCCAUCUGCCACCCCCUGCACUACAGCACCAUGAUGAGCAAGAAUAUUUGUGUCCUUCUGGCAGUUGGGGUAUGGAGCAUCUGUGGCCUUAACACUACCAUCAAUACUGGACUUAUGAUUCGAUUAUCUUUCUGUGGCCCCAACACCAUUAAUCAAUUUUUCUGUGAAAUUCCUCCUGUGUUGCUUCUCUCUUGCACCUCCACAUAUGUGAACGAUAUCAUGGCAGUCCUUGCUGAUGUCUUCUUUUCAGUUCUGAAUUUCCUGCUGACCAUUGUGUCUUACUGCUUCAUCAUCUCCAGCAUCAUGAGAAUCCGGACCAGAGAGGGCAAGAAGAGAGCAUUCUCUACCUGCUCCUCCCACCUGAUUGUGGUCACUAUGUAUUACUGCACUGUGUUUUAUGCCUAUAUCAGUCCCAUCUCUAACUAUUCUCCUGAAAGUGCAAAGUUGGUAGCUGUGUUGUACACAGCAGUUAGUCCUACCUUAAACCCUCUCAUAUACACUCUGAGGAACAAGGAUGUCAGAGAAGCCUUCAGAAAAGUGCUUCUAUUUA